CUAGCUUCCCCUUUCCCCUUGACUCGAAGCGGACUGGUCUAUGUAGGCGAAGAUGAUGAAAAAGGCAAGGACAAGCUACAAGUCUUCAAAGUGGUAUUAAAACCUUCAACGGCCCGCCGUCUUUACCUAGUAUCGAAAUCCAUCGUCCGGUUAACUUCCUCUCUCUUGAUUGGCGUACCGCGGGUCAAUUCGAUGUGGAGCAUCUGCGAUGCUUUAGAUUGGUAUUAUAUCUAGACUUUUCAAAGCCUCAGUUAGGUGUUACUAGACACUCCCGGAACUCGUUCCUUUACAGAGAGGCAGCAGCUCGGAUUUUUAGAUCUACUAGGCACAGCUACCGACGUUACCUUGACGGCAUGCCAUUUCGUCCUCAGGGAGGUGGGCCUCCCGGAUUCCCAAUGCCGUUUCACUCGUCCCAGUCCCGGUCACCUCCGCAGGCUUCCUCAUCACGAGGGAUGGCGGCUGGGAUAGAUCCUUCGGGUCCCUUUAUCCCGUUUCGAGAAUCACAGUUCGACAUUCUCGAGUGGUACCCGCAAUUUCAGUCAUGUGUCAGGUACUUUUUGGAUCACGCCCAGCACAGUGGUCCGGUACAGGCCGUUGCGGCAUUCAUAAAUAUACAAUUACCUUUUCAAAAACAGCAGCAUCCUGUUAUCUCAUCACAGUUGCCUGGAUCGCCGGCGGGCGUGUCGUCUCCGUCGCCAAUUCUUCCAAUACCAAAUCGUACACCAAUAUCUAUCUCUUUGACGCCAUACAUCCGGCGGCUAGUAGCAACUGGUUUAGAUCUUCCGGGUGUGUUGCAUGGGUUCUUUGGAGACGACUGGGUUGCCGGGAUAGGGCACCUUCAUGAAGUGGAGCGGAGAAAUUUCCUCUUCGCCGCUAAGAGUGCCGGCUGGCUGAAGGUUAAGUCCCAAUACGACAUGCCGGAUGAGCAGACCAUUCCUUUCCUGCGUCCUCUACAGAACGUCACGGAGAAAGAGAUUGUUAGCGCAGAGGCAAACUGGAGCGAAUGGCUGGCAAUGCAAGACUGGAUGGUCGGUCCUAGGUCACCUGAUGUCGAUAGAGAGAUGGCAGCUGUGAAAAGCGAAGAUGCCUGAGACACGAAGCGGGUAUCGCUAAUGUAGUCUCUCCAUACCUUGGGAGGACAGUGGGCAACCAAGAUACAUGAUGCCCGGAUAUUAGACGGGAUAGACGGGAUAUAAGGGUUGACUGGAUGCGGUUUGCUCUGGGGGAAGGGAUCAGGCAGGCGUAAGGGUUUCAUUUCACGGCACCAGAGAUGAUUAACUAGAGAUCAUCAAGCUGAGGGUUUUCCUUUAAGCACCCUCGGGAUAAUGGGUCGACUCGAGUGUACCGCUACGCGCCUUAUACUUAUCCACAGGAUAGAAGGGAAGGGAAAACGCGGGCGAUUUUCUAUAAAAGACUGGAUUGGUUCGAACUGAUUAGCUUUGUAGAUACCUACAUGUAUCUUAGGUCUUGCGUAGGAUAUAAUGGGGCGGUAGGUAUAAUAAUUAAGUUGAACUCGAAAUCUGUUUACAAUA